GGCUGUGGCCAAAAGGGAAGAGCAAGGGCAAGGCGAAGGGCAAGGAUGGAAGUCGAUCCGUCAAUGCCUACAUGGCCAGCGAGUACUUCGUUGGAGGUCUCGAGCUCAAUAAAGUCAACGAGCUGCACUCCGUGGCCUCGUCCGAUCCACCCUCGGCGCAGAAUGGACUUCUCGAUUGCGGAGCAACAGCUUCGGCAGCACCGGAGGCGAUUGUACAGUCCUUGAUCAGUGCUGUUUUGAGUCAGGACAAGAACGCUCGGAUUGAACUCGAUCAGUCAGCGAGUUUCUCAUUGUACACCUUGCCCAAUCCUGCUGAGUACUACCAAGCAAACUUUGACCGAUCAGCCCUAGUUCCCAUUUUGAUAGGUAUGGACUUCCUGGGAUCUGGUGGUGUUGGCAUGUUGAUUGAUUUCUCUACGGGGCUUGCAAUGUUGUCAAAGGAAGUUCGUCCCGAAAUAUUCCAGCUCUCCGUCAACAAGAAAGGGCACUUCACCAUGGAUAUCGUCCAUUACCUAACUAAUGGUCAGCGCUGCGAUGAAGGUCAAGCUCAUGUAGUUGUGCGUGAACUCAAUCAUAGCAGCAGCUUUCACUAUUCCCAACAGAUGCUUGAGCUGUGGACUGCGUGGAUUGAUCUGAAUGUGUCAGACCAACAGUAUGAUGCACGUGAGCUUGAGUUGUCUCGGAGUCGGCUGUUGACGCUGUACAAUCACUCUCGAAAUGCAUCGUCCCCGGCAACCUUUUGCAGCUCAAAUGUGUCGUUCAAGCACCGAACGCGCUAUCCCCACGACUUCCUCUACAAGUUCCUCUCCGAGCGAUGGCAGCCUCCUCGAGUCAAGCAAGCAACAGUGGCCGUGUCAUGGCCGGCAUCAACCGGGACCUCCACAGUCCAACCGGUGGGGCGAAUGGAUACACUGCAUGGUGUGCGACUAUCGACUCCUCUACACCCCGAGGAAGGGCGCUCCAGCAAAUACCACAUCGGUGAUGAACGGACCGACCGUGAAGGCAAUGACUCAGCUCCAACCGUUGAUGGGAGAUGUGCUGCCAACGGCACAAAUCUGCAAGCACAUGAUGGACAAGAUCACGGCGGAGGUGGUGUUGAACCGGCGGAGGUGGUGUUGAACAAGGCCAUCGUGGAGCGCAAGGCCAAGGCCGCAACAUCAGGGUAUCCUUCGCCGACGACCACGACGUCGAACUGGGAACACAUGGACCCCGACACGGAGCUGAUCGCAGCCUACGAGAGCCAGUUCGAGCAGGAGCAGUGA